AUGUUACUGACGUUUUGCAGUACUGCACAACAACAACAACAACAAGACACUCUUACUCUAGGCCAAUCCCUAACCGACGGCCAGUCCCUAGUUUCAGCCGGAGACAGCUUCCGCCUCGGCUUCUUCCGGCCGGAAAACUCCACCAGCCGGUACUUGGGAAUCUGGUACGGAUACAGGGUACCAACUCAAACGAUCGUAUGGGUAGCCAACAGAGGAUCUCCCAUUUCCGACACCCGAGGGUUCCUCAACCUCACCGAGGAAGGAAUCCUCGUCCUCUCCGACGGCAGCCGGGACAACUUUCCCGUCUGGUCCUCCAACGUGACCAGACGGCUGACGACGACGACGAGCCUGCUGCGCAGCAGGCCCGUCGUCGCCCAGCUGCUGGAAUCCGGGAACCUCGUCGUCCGAAACUCGGACGACGAGGACCCGGACAACUUUUUGUGGCAGAGCUUCGACCACAUCACCAACACGCUCCUCCCGGGGAUGAAGUUCGGGAGGAACCUGACGUCCGGUCUGAACCGGAUGAUGACGUCGUGGAGGAGCCUGGAGGACCCGGGGGAGGGCGAUUUCUCGGUCCUCGUCGAGAUGCAAGGGUACCCUCAGGCCGUGGUACGGAGGGGCCCCACGAUCCAGGCUCGAAUCGGAUCGUGGAACGGCCUCCGCUACACCGGGGCUCCGACCCUGAACCCCAGCCCGACUUUCUGGUUCGAGUAUGAGUACGACGAGGGGGAGGAGAUUUACUUCAGGUUCCGGGUGCCCAACAGCACGGUCAUGACGAGGUACGCGAUUUCUCCGUUGGGGUCGUUCCAGCUAUGGAUGUGGAGCAGGCGGGCCGACAACUGGAUAGUGGUGUACUCGGCUCAGGGGGACCGGUGCGACAACUACGGGUUGUGUGGGACCUACUCGAACUGUUACACGUAUCUGGUCCGGCCUGCAGGGGUCAAACUGCCGAAUACUGCAAAGACGGUCUGGGACCGGGCGAUGGGGUUGGAGGAGUGUCGGAGAUUGUGUUUGGGGAAUUGUUCCUGCACGGGGUAUUCCAGCUUGGACAUAAGGAAUGGUGAGAGCGGGUGUUUGAUGUGGUUCGAUGAUUUGAUUGAUAUUCGAGAGCUGUCGGAUGGUGGGCAGGAUUUGUACGUCAGGGUGGCUGGCUCCGAAAUAGUGGGAAGGUCCAACAAGAAGAGGAAAACGGUCAUUGUGAUCGCCUCAGUAAUUUCUACCAUGACGUUUUUGGCAAUGAUGGUGAUUGCGCUCUACGUGAGACAAACGAAACUGAAGAAAGAAGGAAUGCGCAAUGAAGAGAUGGAGCUACCCGCAUUCAAUUUGAGCACAAUAGUUAUGGCCACAAAUGACUUCUCCAACGACAAUAAGCUUGGAGAAGGUGGAUUCGGACCUGUCUACAUGGGGAAACUUCCUGAAGGACAGGAAAUAGCAGUGAAGAGAUUGUCGAGAAGCUCCGGACAAGGGCUCAAUGAGUUCAUGAACGAAGUCAUUCUGUUCUCCAAGCUCCAACACCGAAACCUUGUCCGGCUGUUGGGAUGCUGCAUUCACGAAGAUGAGAAGAUGCUGAUCUAUGAAUACAUGUCUAACAAAAGCCUGGACUUCUUCAUUUUCGACGAGACGCAAAAGAAACUGUUGAACUGGCAGAAACGGACGAUAAUCAUAGACGGGAUUGCUCGAGGCCUGCUUUACCUUCACCAGGACUCCAGGUUAAGAAUCAUCCAUCGAGAUCUGAAAGCCAGUAACGUAUUGUUAGACAAGGAGAUGAAGCCUAAGAUUUCGGACUUUGGCCUCGCCAAGGCAUUUGGAGGAGAUCAAACAGAAGGGCAAACAAAAAAGGUCGUGGGCACGUACGGUUAUAUGUCUCCAGAAUACGCGGUGGACGGUCUGUUCUCGGUCAAGUCAGACGUUUUCAGCUUCGGAGUCAUGGUUCUUGAGAUAGUGAGCGGUAGCAAGAACAGAGGAUUCUACCACUCCGACCACGACCUCAAUCUCUUAGGCCACGCAUGGACGUUGUGGAGCGAAGGCGUGGCGCUGGAUCUGAUCGACGACUCAAUGAAAGAGAGCUGCAACCAAUCAGAAGCGUCGAGGUGCAUCCACGUGGCGUUGUUGUGCGUGCAACAGAAGCCCGACGACAGGCCCAACAUGUCGGCCGUGGUGCUGAUGUUGGGCAGCGAGAAUCCUCUGCCCCGGCCCAACCUGCCUGGGUUCUACCUUCGAAGGAAUCCGCCUGAGGCGGCCGACCCAAUGUGUUCCCCUAACAGUAAUAAUCAAAUUUCUCUAACAGUGUUGGAGCCUCGUACUGCGCAACAACAACAACGAGAUAGUCUAGCGCCAGGCCAAUCUCUAACCGACGGCCAGUCCAUCGUCUCAUCCGGCGGCAGCUUCCAGCUCGGAUUCUUCCGGCCGGAAAAUACCAGCAGCCGGUACCUGGGAAUCUGGUACGGCGUCGACAGGGUGUCAAUUCAAACGAUCGUAUGGGUAGCCAACAGAGGAUCUCCGAUUUCCGACACCAGAGGGUUCCUCAACUUCACCAGGGAAGGAAUCCUCGUCCUCUCCGACGGCGGCCGGAGCAACAACCUCGCCGUCUGGUCCUCUAAUGUGACCAGAAGAGUGCCUCCGGCGACUGGGGUCGUCGCCCAGCUCCUGGAUUCCGGCAAUUUGGUUGUCAGAGACGCGAACGACGAGAACCCGGAUAACUUCCUGUGGCAGAGCUUCGACUUUCUCACCAAUACUCUGCUCCCGGGGAUGAAAUUGGGGAGAAAUCUGAGAUCCGGUCUGGACCGGAACCUGAUGUCGUGGAGGAGCGUGGAGGACCCGGGCGAGGGAGAAUUUUGGGUCGGGGUCGAGAUGCAAGGCUACCCUCAGGUGUUGGUGCGGAGGGGCUCCACGAUCCAGGCUCGAAUCGGAUCGUGGAACGGCCUCCGUUUCACCGGGGCUCCGACCCUGAAUUCGAGCCCGACUUUCUCGUUCGAGUAUGAGUACGACGAGGGGGAGGAGAUUUACUUCAGGUUCCAUGUGCCCAACAGCACGGUCGUGUCGAGGUACGUGGUUUCUCCAACGGGUUUGUUCCAGUUGUGGAUGUGGAGCAGACGGAGUAACGAUUGGAUUGUGAUAUACUCGGCUCAGGGGGACCGGUGUGACAACUAUGGUCUGUGUGGCACAUACUCGAGUUGUUACACUUACAUGGUCCCGGCCUGUCAGUGUCUGACCGGGUUCGAUCCGAGGAACCCGAGUGAUUGGGAGCAGUCGGAUUGGGAAGGUGGGUGCGUCAGGAGGACUGCCCUGGCUUGUAAUUCGAGCGAUGGAUUUAUCUUGCAUUCAAACGCCAAGCUGCCAAAUACUGCAACGGCAUUCUGGAACCGGACGAUGGGGCUAGAGGAAUGUCGGAGGUUGUGCUUGGGGAACUGUUCAUGUACCGGGUAUUCGAGCUUGGACAUAAGGAAUGGCGGGAGCGGGUGCUUGAUGUGGUUCGAUGAUCUGAUUGACAUUCGAGAACUGUCCGACGGUGGGCAGGAUUUGUACGUCAGGGUGGCCGGAUCGGAAAUUGGAGUGGUUCAAGAGCAGGGGAGUUCCAAGAAAAGGAGGAAAAUGAUCAUCGUGGUCGCCUCAGUGGUUUCGUCUGUGGCUCUUUUGGCAAUUUUGGUCAUUGUGUUCUGCGCGAGAGAAAGGAAACUUAAGAAAAAAGAUAUGCACACAAUGUCACAGAAGGAGCACAAUGAAGAGAUGGAUCUGCCCACAUUCAGUUUGAGCACAAUAGUUAAGGCCACAAAUGACUUCGCCAUUGACAAUAAGCUCGGGGAAGGAGGAUUUGGCCCCGUCUACAUGGGGAAACUUCCAGAAGGGCAAGAGAUAGCGGUGAAGAGAUUGUCAAAGAGCUCGGGACAAGGGAUCAGUGAGUUCAAGAACGAAGUCAUUCUGUUCUCCAAACUCCAGCACCGAAACCUUGUUCGGUUGUUGGGUUGUUGCAUUCCUGGCGAUGAGAAGAUGUUGAUCUAUGAAUACAUGUCCAACAAAAGCUUGGACUUCGUCAUUUUCGAUGAGAAGCAAAGAAAACUAUUGAACUGGCAAAAGCGGGCGAUAAUCAUAGACGGGAUUGCUCGAGGCUUGCUUUACCUUCACCAGGACUCCAGGUUGAGAAUCAUUCAUCGAGAUCUGAAAGCCAGUAAUAUAUUGCUGGACAGCGAGAUGCAACCUAAGAUAUCGGACUUCGGUCUUGCGAGGACAUUUGGAAGAGAUCAAACAGAGUGCGAAACAAAUAAGGUCGUUGGCACGUUCGGCUAUAUGUCUCCGGAAUAUGCAGUUGAUGGUCUCUUCUCUGUCAAGUCCGACGUAUUUAGCUUCGGAGUUUUGGUUCUUGAGAUAGUGAGCGGUAGGAGGAACAGAGGAUUCGCCCACACUGACCACGACCUCAACCUCUUGGGCCAUUCAUGGACGCUGUGGAACGAAGGUGCGGCGCUGCAGCUGAUAGACGACUCGAUGAAGGAGAGCUGCAAUCAAUCAGAAGUGCUGAGAUGCAUCCACGUAGCGUUGCUGUGCGUGCAACAGAAACCCGACGACAGGCCAAACAUGUCAGCUGUGGUGCUGAUGCUGGGCAGCGAGAAUACUCUGCCACAGCCCAAGCUGCCUGGGUUUUACCUCAGACGAAAUCCACCGGAGGCAGAGUCUUCUUCCUCUAACAACAACAAUGAUUCUUACUCUGCUAAUCAAGUCUCCCUAACAGUAAUGGAGCCGCGGUGAUGCAUAUAUUUUCUCAUUCAAAUUUUGCCUCUGUUCUACCUUAUAGAAGGAAUCCUCUCUCAUUAUCAUAAGUGGAUUCUAUUGUGCAUAGCAGGUCGCACUCAUAAUCGAAAUCGCAAAUAUCAAAAUCUCGAUAAUACUUCGUUGUUAUCUAACCGUUCUCUUGUUGACUGACUGUCACCGAGAGAAGAAAUUUCAAUACUCAGACCACCAGACUGAAUAUCUAGCAGCUACAGUACCAGUAUAGAUGUAGUUGCCGGAGUUAUUAGUGUUGCAACCAAAACUAGUCGAACAGACUGGAGGUCCCAAUUGCCAGGAAACUAUCCGAUUCAUGGGCCACGACCAUUAAUUCGACAUUGAAUAAGUCUGGUUGAACGGGCCAAACCUGUCCAUGAACUUGCCUUUCUCAGUUGCAGUUGCAGAACAGAGUCUGGCCUUGCUGCCAUAACAUUUGGAACCAAUUUAAACACCGCCUUCUAAGUUCUUAGUCGUCCACCAUUGAUUGAUCUUCCCUCUCUUUCUUGCUGCUACAUGUAUAGUCCAGCUCCCCUGUUUCCGCUGGAAACAUGGCAAAGACAACCUUAAGCUUCAAAAGAAGGGUUACUCUUCACUUCUGCUUCUUUCUCUUUGCUCUGAUUUUAGUUACUUCAGAAAAUAGUUCAACUGUCCUUAUUCCUGGCCAAUUCCUCAGAGAUUCCCAAAACCAGACUCUGGUUUCACCAGAUAAAACCUUCGAGCUGGGAUUUUUCACCCCUGGAACAGCAGGAGGCAGCUCCAACAACCGGUACUUAGGAAUAUGGUAUCACAAUGCUCCAGCCAAAGAAGUUGUCUGGGUAGCCAACCGAAAUGCUUCCCUCUCCGACACCUCUGGAGCUCUCUCUCUCUCUCCCACUGGCAUUUUGGUACUUCUGAAUAACCAAAACAAAACAAUUUGGACCUCCAACAACGGCAAUCCAUCACAAGCAGCCACCCCCAACCCAACUUUACAGCUUCUCGAUUCCGGCAACUUGGUCGUGAUAGAUGGAAACAGAGUCGGCAUUCUGUGGCAGAGCUUCGAUCACCCAUCAAACACACUGCUUCCAGGAAUGAAAAUCAGGUCCAAUUUUGCGACCGGUAAGCAAACAUUCUUGACAUCCUGGAAGACUGAUCAGGAUCCCGAUGAAGGUCGAUUUUCAAUGUCGAUCGACCCUCGUGGAUACCCACAGCUGAUCUUGAAAAACGGGGAAGAAAAUCGCUACAGAUUGGGUUCAUGGAAUGGGAAGUACUUCACGGGGACUCCCCUGCUUCCGGAAAACAACAUCUUCGAAUACGAGUUCGUGAUGAACAAGACCGACGUUUACUAUACUUACAAUGUCAAAUCUGCCCUGCUCUCGAGACUGGUGUUGAACCAAACAGGGUUCCUGCAGCGUUACGCACGCUCCCAAGGAAGAAGCGAGUGGACAAGCUUGUACGGAGCUCCAAUGGAUCAAUGCGACCUGUAUGGAAACUGUGGAGCACAUAUGACCUGCAAUAUGGAGGAGAACAGUCCCCCAACUUGUGACUGCCUCGACGAAUUUGAAUUGAUAGAUCCCGAAAACCAGAGCAAAGGGUGUGCAAGGAAGGUGCCAUUGAAUUGCGAAAACGAGUACUUCUGGAACUACACUAGGGUUAAGUUGCCAGACACAUCUACUUCCUCGUGGUUUAGUGAGAUCCGGAGUCUCGGGGAAUGUCAGGAAGUUUGCUUGCGGAAUUGCUCAUGUAUGGCAUAUGCGGAUGCUGAUAUUACAAAAGCUGAUGGUGGGUGCUUGAUGUGGUUUGGUGAGCUAGUUGAUAUGAGGCAAUACGAUAGUGGAGGUCAAGAGCUCUUCGUCAGAUUGUCUGCUGCAGUACCAAAAUCACCAGCAACAUUAAGUACUUCUACAGAAAAUUUUGCAGAUGCUUUUUUGUUGUUGUUGUUGUUGUUGUUGUGAGUAGCUUGCUGGCCAAUUAACUUGUUUUUAUGCGUAGAUUCUGGUGGUAAGAACUUAGUGGCCAUUGUAGCCAGCUCAGUCGGGUUAGCAGGAUUGGCUGGAACAGUCCUCGUUCUGGUUUUAUGGCAUCGGAGACAAAGAAGUCUAGGAAUGAGAGGAGCAAGUAUUUUCAGACGGGAUGGUGGGAACGAAGAAGGGGGAGAGGAUUCUGAAAUGGAGUUGCAUAUAUUUGACAGGGCGACUAUGGUGAAAGCUACUGAUAAUUUCUCGACGGAGAACAAAUUAGGGCAAGGAGGAUAUGGACCUGUUUACAAGGGAACAUUAGCAGAUGGGCAGGAAAUUGCUGUGAAAACCCUAUCAAAGAGUUCUGGACAAGGAACAACAGAGUUCAAAAAUGAAGUUGUUUUGAUCGCGAAACUCCAGCACAGAAAUCUCGUGAAACUCCUAGGGUGUUGCAUCGAAGGAGAUGAGAAGAUGUUGAUCUAUGAGUUCAUGCCCAACAAAAGCUUGGAUUUCUUCAUUUUCGAUAAAACAAAGAGCAAGUCCCUUGACUGGAACAUGAGGAUAGCCAUUGUUAAUGGAAUUGCAAGGGGGCUUUUAUACCUCCAUCAGGAUUCUAGGCUAAGGAUUAUCCACAGAGAUCUAAAAGCCAGCAAUGUGUUGCUAGACAAGGAUAUGAACCCUAAAAUUUCAGACUUCGGCAUGGCCAGAAUAUUUGGUGGUGACCAAAUUGAAGCAAACACCAGUAAAGUUGUUGGCACAUAUGGCUACAUGUCUCCAGAAUAUGCUAUUGAUGGCCUUUUCUCAAUGAAAUCCGAUGUGUUUAGUUUUGGAGUUCUAUUGCUUGAGAUCAUUAGUGGGAAGAGGAACAGAGGGUUUUCCCACCAAGAUCACAACCUCAACCUUCUUGGCCAUGUAAGACGAGAACAAUGAGAAUACAAAGUGCAAUUGUAUACAAGUAAAGCCGGCUUCUGACAUUCUCUGUUGUGUAUUCAGGCUUGGAGGUUGUGGAUUGAAGGGAAGCCAAUUGAGCUAGUGGAAGAGGAAAUUGUGGAUGAUGAACUUUCUACUACAACUCAAGUAUUACGAUGCAUUCAAGUAGGGUUGCUAUGCGUUCAACAACGACCGGAUGACAGGCCUAGCAUGUCAUCUGUGGUUGUGAUGUUGACCAGUGAGACUUUGCUGCCUCAGCCGAAGCAGCCUGGGUUUUUCACUGAGAGGAAUUUGCCCGAUUCGGAGAGUUCGACCUCAGAUAAUAAGCAUAAUUCUGCAUCGGUGAAUGAAGUUACAAUCUCGCUGCUAGACGCCAGGUAGGCGAGCUUUGGUCUGGAGAGAGGACUGCAACAAGCAUAGACAUAAUAGUCGUGCCUCAAUCAUUUGCCAACUCCAACAGCUAUAAAAUAUCUCAAACGUGUAUAGCUGGUGCUUGCAGCAAAUGAAAUGCACAGCAAUGGGUCAAGAGCUUGACGCAUAAACAUAAUCUUCAGAUUCGACAUAAUUAUUUUUUAGCAUGUCACCUUUUCGUUGCAUGCAUAUAAGAAUUCAACGACUUGGCGGCCCCACUUAAUUUCCCACCACCACCAGACAUUUAUUCUCUAUCUUGCACAGUCAUAUAAUAUUUCUCUGAACUUCAUCAGUUGAGCCACAGAGAAGCCCUCCUAUCAUGGCAGGUCUAGCAGUGCUUGCCUGCGCCUUCAUAUCCUGCUUCUCAAUAACCUGUUGCAGUGCCAAAGAUACCAUUAGUCCAGGCCAGCAACUGAAGGAUGGUGAUACUACUCUAGUUUCAGAAGGAAAGGGAAGAUUCGAGUUGGGAUUUUUCAGCCCCGUGAAUUCAAGAAACCGGUACCUAGGAAUAUGGUACACAAACAUUACUCCUCAGACGGUUGUAUGGGUAGCCAAUAGAGAAACACCUAUACCAGACACUCAGGGAGCUGUAAAUCUCACCAGUCAGGGAAACCUGACUCUCUUUGAUGGGAACCAGACUCUUGUCUGGUCUUCCAAUUCAUCAGGAAUAUCUCUGCAAUCUCCAGUUGCACAGCUCCUGGAUUCUGGGAAUCUCGUAGUGAAAGAUUCCCUGGAUAAUGACACUGGUUCUGAUGAGAAUUUCCUGUGGCAGAGCUUUGAUCAUCCUUGUGAUACAUUGAUUCCAGGGAUGAAGACAGGGAAGGACUUGGUGAAUGGUCUGGACAAGCCUCUGACAUCUUGGAAGAGCACCGAAGAUCCUGCCAAGGGAGAAUAUACUUUGGAGAUAAAUGCUCGAGGUUAUGCACAGCUAUUGGUGAUGAGGGGAAAUAGAACUUUGUUCAGAGUAGGGUCAUGGAAUGGCGAGCGGUUUACAGGGCUUCCUGCCCUACAGCAAACCCCAACUUUCACGUUCCAGUUUGUGUUGAACUCAAACGAGGUGUAUUUCAAGUUUGAAACCACUGACAAUUCACCUCUGAUGAGGUAUACAAUAUAUCCCUCGGGCCUUCUCCAGCGAUACAUAUGGAACGAUCAAACGAACGACUGGAUGGUUACGGCUACAGCGCAGGUGGAUCAGUGCGAGAACUAUGCUCUCUGUGGUGCAUUUGCUGGCUGCCAAGUGUACAGAUCUCCGAUAUGCUCGUGCUUGAAUGGGUUUGUGCCAAAAUCACCAGCAGAUUGGAAUUCAACAAACUGGUCUGAUGGGUGCGUUCGGAGGACACCACUUGAUUGCAGUAGAAACGAUGGGUUUCUGAAGUAUGAAGGAAUCAAAGUGCCAGACACAUCAUCGAGCUCAUACAUCAGAAACAUGGGUCUUGCAGAAUGUGCUGGUUUGUGUUCGGGUAACUGCUCUUGCACAGCAUAUGCAAGUUUAGACAUCAGGAACGGUGGGAGUGGCUGUUUGAGAUGGUUUGGUGAUCUGAUUGAUAUAAGAGGAUUAGCUGCGGGUGGGCAAGAUCUCUAUGUAAAGGUAGCUGCUUCAGAAGUAGGUAUGUAUGUCGCUCCCAGUACAAUAUUUUGCAUGCUACAAUUUCUUGCGGGAACCAAUAGUUUGUUUCUUUCAGCUGAAUUUGGAAAAAAACAGCCUUCGAAUGAGAAGAAAAGGACAGUGAUAAUUGCCAUCUCGGCUGUGAUACUAUUUCUGAGCAUGGUAGCACUAACAAUAGGCAAUAUUUGAACUGGAUACAGUAGCAGCUGCAACCAAUGACUUUUCAAUCAGCAACAAGCUUGGAGAAGGUGGCUUUGGUCCUGUGUACAAGGGCACAUUACAAGAAGGGCAAGGAAUAGCAGUGAAGAGGCUCUCCAAGAGCUCUGGCCAAGGAUUGAAUGAGUUCAAAAAUGAAGUCAUAUUGUUUUCUAAACUCCAGCAUCGUAAUCUUGUAAAGCUUCUCGGUUGUUGCAUUCGUGAAGAUGAAAAGAUGUUGAUCUAUGAAUACAUGCCUAACAAAAGCUUAGACUCGAUAAUUUUUGACAAAUCUAGAUCCAAGCUGCUAGAUUGGCAACAGCGGAUCCAAAUCAUAGAUGGAAUAGCUCGAGGUCUUCUUUACCUUCACCAGGACUCAAGACUCAGAAUCAUCCACAGGGAUCUCAAAGCAAGCAACAUUCUACUGGAUAAGGAAAUGCAUCCCAAAAUAUCUGAUUUUGGCCUUGCAAAAACAUUUGGUGCAGAUCAAACAGAGGCCAACACUAAUAGAAUAGUCGGGACACAUGGCUAUAUGUCUCCGGAGUAUGCCAUAGACGGGGUUUUCUCGGUGAAAUCUGAUAUUUUCAGCUUCGGGGUUUUAGUCCUGGAGAUAAUAACUGGGAAAAGAAACAGAGGAUUUCAACAUCCUGACCAUGAGCUUAACCUUCUGGGCCAUGCAUGGGCACUAUUGAUGAAAGGAGCAGCUCUAAAACUAGUCGACGAAUGUCUGAUGGAAUCCUGUGCUCAUUCUCAAGCAUUAAGAUGCAUUCAAGUAGCUCUACUGUGCGUGCAACAAAGACCAGAAGACCGGCCAAAUAUAUCCCUGGUUGUUCUAAUGCUAGGCAGUGCGGAUCCACUGCCGGAACCUAAACAGCCUGGGUUUUUCACAGCAAGGAACCCAUUCGAUAAAGGGGACAGUUCAUCAAGCAAGAACGACUCGCACUCAGUAAAUGAAGUAACUGUGACAUUGUUGGCCGCUAGAUGAUAACAGGGAAAGUUCAUCCCACAGUAAAAUGCCGUUUUGAAUGCGAAUUGAGAUGCAUCGAAUAGAAAGUAGAAUUCCAACUUACAUUUCAAAAUCCAAGGCUUAAUUCCAUCCCCUAAAUUCGAUAUCCCUAUCGAGGUGGAAGUGAUGUAGCCUCGACGGCGAAUGCGCUUUCCUUCUCUCUCAGUUUCCUUAAUGACCGUUCUUGUAUUCUUCCCUUAGGCUCCCUGUCUCCUCGUCCAAUAUACCAUGAUCGUGUGAUACCCCAAUCUCUACUCCUAAUGAGAUAAAACCCAGCCGGCAACCCCAUCCGGCUGCCGUUGCCGCUUCCGUUUCGUAACUGAAAGUCUGAAAGUAUGAAACUCACCCGAGAUGUCUUUUUCCAUUAUUAUUAUUUUACCCAUACAGUCAUACAGAGAUGGAGACAUGGUGGGCCUGGCAUGUUAUCUGCGGUUCUGAUGUUGACCAGUGAGACUCUGCUGCCUCAACGAUGCAGCCUGGCUUUUUCACUGAGAGUAAUUUGCCUGAUUCAGAG